AUGCAUGAUAAUACGUCCCUCAGAGGAAGAAGUUUCUCAGGCUCUGCCAGUCUUCACGAGAGUCAUCUACUUAGUAAUACCUGGAGAUCCAGCUCCAGGCGUCAGAGUUCCCAAUUCGACUCGGUUAAUGUGUCUGCUUUCCGGGAAGUCAAUGACCCUAAUGAGAGGCAGACACCGAGCAAUAAACUCAGAAACUCCAUAGAACUCAUACACUCUACUAUCGGAAUUUCGAUCUCUCGAGAUGCUCCCAAGAACAAAAAUCCAUCCGUAGAAGAUAAAAAAGGCCCGGAAGAAGAAAGGAAUGCCAGACGCCAACAAUGGAUUUGUGAUGCGAGCUCCAUAUGCAAUUAUGAACCUCCCGUAAGAACAGCCAUCGAUGGCACUGUCUUAGCCAACCGUUUCAAAGUCACGUUCAAUGGAGGAGCCGCUGCCAAUUUGAUCAAGUAUAAGAUCAAACUGGGAACUAUCAAAGGGAAACCGGUGAUAAGCAAGCAAGGAAAGAAAAAUCUAAUUAAGGCACUACUUCAGAACAUUCCACCUGACACAACCGCUUGGGCAUCUGACUUUGAGGAAAGAAUUAUGUCAUGCGGCCCACUCUACCAAAAAACCCAACGACUGUGUUACAAGCAAGGACGAGAGCUACGAAGUCAAACAUCCGCUAGCAUUUGGUGUGAUAGGGAUGACCACUAUCAUUGAAAGGUUGGGGAGAAUUGAAUACGAGAAGCUAAAUGAUUUUACCAAUCCAAAAUCUCAGCCAGACCCAAAUUACGUGCCAGACGAUGAUCUUCGGCAUCUCAACAUCAUAAUCAGGAAGUUUGUGGAGGAGGCGGAUGUCAAAGUUGGUCGAGUUGGCAAUAAAUUUUACCCCAACUACCAGCAUAGAGCGUAUUCUGAUGUCUCGCAUAAUUCCGCUUUAUGGAUUAAGAGCGGAUAUUUCAGUUCUAUGAGGCCUGGCGAGGGAUCUCUCAUUAUGGGCAUCAAUAGUACUACAUCUGCUUUCUACGCCCCCACCACGUUACAGAACUGGAUUGAGCAAAGACAUUCAAGCAGCCACUAUGGAGAACCUUUACCGGGGUGGGUCAAGAAUGAGCUCAAAGGACUGCGGGUCAAAUUUGAGGGCAGAAGAGAAAUUAAAGGACCUGGAAGUAAAGAUGAAAGUCAACAAGAAGCAAAACAUUGGAGCAUCCACAGCAUUGUCGAUGGCAAGUCUGUUACCCAGGUGGAAUUCAUUUGCAAAGAGAACGGCGAACCGAUAAAAGUUUACGACUAUAUUGCCAAAGGUACGUUUGCUUCUUUCUAGAGUAUAUCAAAGCCUUUGAAAAAUGUGGCGAAAAAUAUGACUGAACAAAUACUGAUGGGGGUCUCCAGAAUUUUGUCGUCCUGAAGGAAACCUAGAAAGAGAUCAGCUCUCAGAAAACGCAUAUUGUGUGAACGUUGGCGACAACACGCGUAAGAUCUUUUAUCCCGCUGACCAAUUAGUAUUGUUGAAUGGCAACCUUUCAAGGGACACAUGGAGGAAAUGCUUAGAAAAGCAACCAGAGCACCAAAUAAGAAUUGUACGUUGAUUGAAGAUUUUCGAAAGCAUGGGCUUGGCGGCGAUCAUAAAGUAAGUUUGACGAAGGAAAGCGAUAUGAAAUAGGCUAAAGAUUUGUGCAGAGGUUCGGCAUUAGUAUUGAAGACAACUUUCUGUCCCCAAAAUUUCGAAAGAUUGACCCGCCGACUCUUCAAUACGGGCAAGGCAAAGUGGCCCAGCGUUCAAGUCAAACCAACAUGACGACUAAAAAGCCACCGACCAAAAAACCCAACUCUUGGAACUUGGGACUGAUUAAAAAGCUUUACGAUGUCAAGGGUGGAGAGCUUUCCGCGAUACACGUCAUAAUUAUUGGAGAUCACAUAGAUUUCAAAUGGUCCAAAGGUUUCUUUGACCAUCUUUCUAAGGCUCUCUCUCGCCAUGUCGCCUCAAAAGAAGAACUUCAAGUUCUUGAAUUUCCCGUUCCAGAUAUCCCCGAAGAAGCAGACAACGUUCAAGAUCGACGAAUCCUGUUUGAGCACUUUCUCAAUGAAGCGGUUGAUAAAUUGACAGAGGAUUCUCUCAACAAGAAGCAACCUAAGCUCAUAUUUGUGUUAAUACCUCACCAGAAAGCAAAACAUGACUAUUAAGAUGAUGUCAAAUGGUGGGGUGAUUGUAGACGUGGAAUUCCGACUAUCGUUCUAAAGGCACAAAAGCUGUCGAGCACAGAUAGUAUGCUUAAAGCAAACUUGUGGUAAGUCGAAUCUACCAAUUCAGAAUAGUACUCGACAAUAACCAUUGAUUCUGUUACAGCUUGAAAGUCAAUUUCAAACUAGGGGGAACAAACCAUAUGCUCCAGGAUACUACAAGACCUAAAAGCCGAACUAUGGUCGUUGGUGCCGAUGUGACCCAUCCAACUAGGUGUAUUGAUGCAGGGUGUCCUUCUCUUGCUGGAGUAGUUGCCACAAAUACCGGAGGAGACCAAAUUAAUCACUAUUUGGCUUCAGCACGAUUGCAGGUCAACAAUACAGAGGUGAAAUCUGCUGAGGGAUAUGGAGUUUUUGAAAGAGAGAUGCUAAUUUAUCAACAUAGUUCAUUAGUGAUCUAAAAGGCAUGAUGGUUGAACGACUCAAGUCUUGGAAAAACCGCAAUGGCAGUCCUUUGCCUGAGCACAUUCUAUUCUACCGAGAUGGACUCGGAGAGAGCCAGUAUGGCAUGGUACUAAAGAAAGAGUUGCCACAAAUUGAACGUGCCAUAAAAGAGUUCAGGGAAAAUGAAGCGAUAGAAAGCUCUUUACAGAAUCCCAAGAUCACUUUGGUGGUCGUUGGCAAGAGACAUCACACUAGGUUUUUUCCAGCUCUCCAACCUCCUGAUAGACUAGAGUACAAUCUUGAGGGUGGCUCGGUUAUCGAUUCUGGCGUCAUCGAUCCAAAACGGUUCAACUUCUAUCUUCAGAGCCACGACAGUCCGUUGGGAACCGCCAAGAGCGCCCAUUGA